UUUUACUUUGCUUUCUAAUCGAUGUAUAUAAAUAUAUUUCUUUAUUUGGAUACAAAUUCAGAAUUUCUCUUGUUUGUUUUGCCGGUAAGGAAAAGUCGCCUACUGAACUUCCAUUUUUAGAUUUUCAACCAGCUCAAAUGAGCAAGUUCUAGGCGGCGGAGCUAUUUCGAGAGGAGCAACAAUUUUUUUUUUUUUUUAAAAUGGCAAUUUCUGUUUCUUCCUCCGUGGUUUCGGGGAUCUCAAUUUCAGCCGGCGCCGCCCUCUCUUUCCAGAAAUCCAAGGAUUUGGGAUUUUCUUCACUUCUGUGUAAUUCUGUAAAACCUCUUCGUCUGAAUAGCUAUGCUUCGAAUAGCAGAUGUCUCUCCGCUUCGCACCGGCGCCUCUCCAGUAAAAGGCUAUUUCAAGUUCGAGCAACAAUAUUGCAAGAGGAUGAAGAGAAAGUGGUUGUGGGGAAGUCAUUUGACCCGAGAAGUUUCCCAGAAAAUGAAGGAGAAGGAAUCUCCGAUGAAUCGCCAGAUGGUUCACCACCUUCCAGUGGUUUGGAGAAGUGGGUUAUAAAACUUGAGCAAUCUAUAAAUAUUUUGCUCACGGAUUCAGUGAUAAAGAUCCUUGAUACCUUGUACCGUGAUCGUGAUUAUGCAAGGUUUUAUGUUCUGGAAACUAUUGCGAGGGUUCCGUAUUUUGCUUUCAUGUCCGUUCUGCACAUGUACGAGAGUUUUGGAUGGUGGCGAAGAGCUGAUUAUAUAAAAGUUCAUUUUGCCGAGAGUUGGAAUGAGAUGCAUCAUUUGCUUAUUAUGGAAGAGUUAGGGGGAAACGCUUGGUGGUUUGAUCGGUUUCUCGCUCAACACAUUGCAGUCUUUUACUAUUUUAUGACUGCUUUCAUGUAUGCUCUGAGUCCAAGAAUGGCAUAUCACUUCUCCGAGUGCGUGGAAGGUCAUGCCUUCGAAACUUACGACAAGUUUAUCAAAACUCAAGGAGAGGAGUUAAAGGACUUGCCUGCACCUGCAGUUGCAGUCAAAUAUUACACCGAAGGUGACUUUUACUUAUUCGAUGAAUUCCAAACUUCAAGACCUCCCAACUCUCGACGCCCAAAAAUAGAGAAUCUGUACGAUGUAUUUGUCAACAUUAGAGACGACGAAGCAGAACACUGUAAGACAAUGAAGGCAUGUCAAACACACGGCAACCUUCGCUCGCCUCACUCUGGUCUGGAUAAUGCUUGUGGAGAUGAUGAUUCAGAGUGUGUGCUUCCUCAGACAGACUGUGAAGGCAUCGUUGAUUGUUUAAAGAAAUCUGUAAGCGAGCCUCUACCGAAUAAAAAAUGAUACAUCAAAUACUUAUAGCCUGAAAAAUCACGGGAACAUAUUUAUUUACUGCCAUUGAAUAAACGUUCGUUCGAAUUGUAUACGUAGGAAAAAAAGAAUCAGUCGCGAAUUUUAGGAGUCAGAAUUAUAGUUUGUUGUGUUCAAGAAAAUUCUUUGUAUAUUUUGUUAUACAUAGUUUACACACACCAAAUGUGUUCCAUUGGAGACUCUCUCUCUCUCUCUUGA